AUGCCAAGCUACGGAUCAUACCCUUCAUCGCCCACAGCGAUGCAGCACAACUACAGCCAACGCUCGCAGACGGUGUCUGAGGGCAGUGAUAGCGAAGACGCUAUCGAGCGUUCUGCGAGCUUCGACCCCGGCGUGGUACCUCCCACUCAUGAUCGUCGGACCCUGGUGCUCUGCUUCGAUGGCACUGGAGACCAAUUUGAUGCAGACAACUCGAAUAUUGUUCAGCUCUUCCAAAUGCUUCGGAAGGAUAACCCGAGUCAACAACUCGUGUAUUACCAGGCUGGCAUCGGGACCUAUACCUCUCCAGCAAUAGCAACACAACGCACUGCCAACUUUGAGAAGCUUGUCGACAUGGCCAUAGCGAAAGACUUAGACGCCCAUGUUAUGUCCGGCUACGAGUUCCUGAUGCAGAACUAUGAGGCGAACGACAAGAUUUGCAUAUUUGGUUUCUCCCGUGGCGCAUAUACCGCUCGAGCACUGGCAGGGAUGAUACACAAGGUCGGCCUCCUCCCCCGGUGCAACCACCAGCAAGUGCCCUUCGCAUACGCCAUGUUCGCUCGAGACGAUCCUGAAGGAUGGAGGCAGAGCAUCGCGUUCAAGAAGGCCUUCUCAAACGACGUUGGCGUCGACUUCCUCGGCGUCUUUGACACGGUCGCGUCCGUCGGCAUCAUCCCCAAGCACUUGCCCUUCACGCAGUCGAAUAACUGCAUACGCUUCUUCCGCCACGCCAUAUCUCUGGAUGAGCACCGCGCGAAGUUCAAGGCCAACCAGUACCAGCGCACGCCCGACGAUCAGAUCCAGGGCGCCGCCGGCAUGCCUCCCUCGAAUCCUCACCGUCGCCCUCAGACUCAUCGGGAACAUCGUUACCAUCAUCCAGAGACCUCGCAGGCGCAUGACUUUGUUGCCAAAGAAGAUGAGCACAGGGGCGAGGCCGACUUCGACAAGAGGGAGAGAUCUGUCUGGGAGACAGAUGUCCUGGAGGUAUGGUUCGCGGGAGUACAUUGCGACGUGGGAGGUGGUUCUGUCCCCAAUGGCACACGUCACAGCUUGGCUCGCAUCCCUCUGCGCUGGAUGAUCCGCGAGACGUUCCUCGCAGGAACAGGCAUUCAGUUCCACCGUUCAUCGUUUGCGGGGAUCGGCAUUGACCCGAAGCAUCUGUACCCAAUCGUGGUACCACGUCCGCCGGGGCUGGAGCCUACAGCCGAACUGGUCGAGAAGAUGGUGAAGCUUGCUAAGCACGAGAAGAAGAUUGAGCGUCAUGAAGAUGGCUCGAUCAAGAAAGACAAGAAGCACGGAAAGAGGAAGGAUCCUGGCGAGUCUGCUAGACCACAUCAGCGUCCGCAUCACUCGCACACGCUAUCGGGCACCGGUCAAACGCUCGCCGAGGAGACACAAGCAGACUACGGAGAGGUCGUCCUUGAGAUGAGCGAAGAGGAUGAAGAGAUCCGCGAUGCGCUCUGCCCUAUGUUUGACACGCUUCAGCUCUCGAAAUCGUGGUGGAUCUUGGAGGUUCUGCCAUUGCGCCAGCAUGUUUUGCGUCCAGAGCCGGAGACGGGUACUGUCCCGAAGGUCAUCAUGAACCUUGGGAGAGCGCGGGAGAUACCACGUGGCGAUGGGAAGUUGUUGGUGCAUCGAAGUGUGAAGAUGAGGAUGGAGGCAGAGGGCUUGACUGGCGGAGUGUAUAAACCCAGGGCGAGAUUCCCUGUUGAACCGACAUGGGUCGAUUGA